CACACACUCUCUCUCUCUCUCUCUCUCUCUCUGUCCUGAUCUGUGUCGCUCUUUAUUUCUAACAUGGCGUUCAACGGCACAUGGAAGAUCGACCGUAACGAACACUAUGACAAGUUUAUGGAAAAGAUGGGCAUUAACGUGGUGAAGAGAAAGCUGGCUGAACACGACAACCUGAAGCUGAUCAUCGAGCAGACCGGAGACAAGUUCAUCAUUAAGGAGUCGAGCACGUUCAGGAACAAAGACAUCGAGUUCACGCUCGGAGUGCAGUUUGAGUACCCGAUGGCCGAUGGCACCGAGCUCACUGGCACGUGGGUGAUGGAGGGAGAGACUCUAAAAGGCACAUUCACCAGGAAGGACAACGGCAAACUCCUCACCACCACCCGGUCACUGGUUGGUGGGGAACUCGUACAGUGCUACAACUACGAAGGUGUUGAUGCCAAGAGGAUUUUCAAGAAGGCAUAAAAGAAGUGUGGAGAAGGACUCUCCAGUUUUUGGAACAGAUUUGAUAUGUUGUCAUUACCCGUUAUGUUUCGAAUAAAUGUACGGAUGUUUCUGCUGUUU